AUGACGCCCGCUCCCUCUGCGCACUCGCAGCAGAGCGGCGGCAGUCCGCCGUCGAGCAGUGCCUCGCACUCGCACGUGCCCAGCGGCUCCGUCUCGACGGCUCGCUCCACGCCGCCGCUCGAUGGCGGCAGCAACUAUGGCGGUGCCAAUGCGCCGCAUCAGCCGACGCGUCCCGCCAGUCCGGGCAGCGAGGGCAGCGGCAAGCGUGUUCUCAUCUGUCUGAUGCGCCUGGAUCUGCGCAUCGAGGACAAUGCUCUGUUCCACUAUGCCCACACGACGACGCCACCGCCUGACCCGGUGCUGGCGCACCACACGCACUUCAACAAGGACAAGGACAUCGAUCUCUCUGGCCUGCACAGCCAGGCCGACUAUCUGCUGCCGCUCUUCGUCUUCGAUGAGCGCACCAUGGAGCUCAGCGGCCUGCCGGGCUACGAGCGCCGUGGGCCCGAGGCGCGCACGCAGAACUACGGCUUCUGGAAGACGGGCGGCUACCGCGCUCGCUACGUGGCCGAGUCGGUGUACGACCUGCGCUCUCGGCUGCGCGAGGUGGGCUCAGACCUCGUCAUCCGCUUCGGCAUCCCCGAGGUCGUCGUGACGAACUUUGUGCGCGCCUUCCAGGAGCGCGGCGACGAGGUGGAGGGCGUGUGGCUGCAAAAGGAGAUGACGCACGACGAGGUGCAAGUCGAGACGGAGAUGGCUCGCAUGCUCCAGGGCACCGGCGUGCCGAUGCGCUUCGUGCACGGCAAGACCCUCGUGCAUCCUGCCGAUCUGCCCUUCGAGAUCGGAGACACGCCCGACGUCUUUACGCCCUUCCGCAAGCGCGUCGAGUCGCUGCCCAACAUGGUCCGCCCCUGCUUCCGUGCGCCCAAGACGUGGAAGUCGGUGCCGCCGCUGCCCGAGACGCCCGACUAUGCCCUCGACGUCUCGUACGAGGUCGACGUGGAUGGUCUCUCGCCACGCCCGCCGCAGGAGCAGAGCCAGCAGGAAGGCCAAGUCUCGUUCCACGACAUUCUGCGCUACCUCAUUGCGCCCGUCAGCGAGAACGGGCCGCCCAGCAAACAACUCACUGCUCAUCAACUGCAGGAGCGGCAUUCCGCCUCUGCCUUUCCGAUGCGUGGCGGCGAGAGCUCGGCGCUCGAGCGGCUGGACUGGUACUUCGUGCGCGGCAAGUCUGCCGACUCGAGCCGCUGGGGCAAGGCCGAUCCGCCGCCCGUGGCGCGCUACAAGCAGACGCGCAACAAUCUCGUCGGACACAGCUACAGCACCAAGAUGUCGCCCUUCCUCUCCUACGGCUCCAUCUCGCCGCGGCAGAUCUGGGAGGCGCUCGACUACCACGAGCGCAAGUUCGGCGAGGACCGCAACACGUACUGGGUGCGCUUCGAGCUGCUGUGGCGCGACUACUUUUUCUGGGUCAGCGAAAAGUACGGCGACUUGCUGUACAAGCUCGGCGGCUUCGAGGAGCGCAGCGACCCGCGGCAGGCCGAGCAGAAGCUGGCGGCCGGAUGGUGGAAGACGUGGGAUCCCAAGAGUGCGCCGCGCGACCAUCACAUUUCGCGGCUGCUCGAGGGCCGCACGGGCAUUCCCUUUGUCGAUGCCAACAUCAUCGAGCUGCGCGAGUCGGGCUUCAUGUCGAAUCGCGGCCGGCAGAACGUCGCCAGCUUCCUCACCAAGGAUCUCGGCUACGACUGGCGCAUCGGCGCCGAGUUCUUCCAGAGUCAUCUCAUCGACUACGACCCGACGAGCAACUACGGCAACUGGCAGUACGUUGCCGGCGUCGGCAACGAUCCGCGCGCUUCGCGACACUUCAACGUCGUCAAGCAGGCCAAGGACUACGACUCGCACGGAGAGUACGUCAAGCUUUGGAUUCCCGCACUGCGCAAUCUGCACGCCGACUUCUGCCAGACGCCGUGGCUGCUCGACGCCGAGGAGCGUCGCAGCUACGGCCUCAAGACGACGCAGAUGGACAUCGCAUGGGACGCCUACCCCGCCGCACCGAUGAUCGAGAGCGACACGUGGCGCAAGCACUACGAGCGCAAGGAGGGCGUUGGCUCGAAGAUGUUCGGCAACCCGCAGGAGAAGGUCAAGGACGGUCGGCCAAAGCGCGGCGGCAACAAGCGCAACGCAGGCGUGCCUCCUCCUCCGCCGCCGACUUCGCACAACCAGAACGGAGGAGUGACGCCCGGUGCAUUCGCACUCUCUGGUGCCGGCCAGGGCCCCAAGCUUGGUCCUCGCGGCACUGGCGCCGUGGGCGCACAAGCCUCGCCGUACCCUCCGCUCAACAUUCCCGGCCGCGUCGCGGCGCCGCUCCACGAGAUCCCGCCGAUGACGAGCAAUGCCUCGGCCUCUUCCGCACGUUCGGCAUCGCCGUUUGGCGUCGUGCGACCACAGCAGGCUGGAGGUGCUGUGGCGGUGCCCAACGCGCUCGCAAGCCUCGGAGGAGGUGUCUCAUCGACGGCCUUCGUCUCGCAGAUGGGCGGCCUGUCGCUCGGCAAUGGUCUGCCUCGCGGCAACGCACAGGACGCACCUGGUCCACGCGCGCCCGACUACGUCAGUCCAGCGCAUCAGCAUGCUCAAGUCGCGCAGCAGCCGCCGCCGGGCAUCUCUUCGGCCUCGGCGCCUCAGCAGCCGCAGCCUGGCUACACGUCGCGCGCAGCGGGCGGCGCAGGAGUAUUUGGCCGUAGCAGUGCGGGCCUGCAUACGCCAAUGGGGCAGAUGGGACGUUCGAGUCCCUCGAUGAACGGACCGGGCACUCCUUCGAACGGCUAUGCCGCCUUCUCUGCGCUCAGCACGACCAACAGCGCCGGCAGCGCGGGCACGGCCACGCCGCCGCCGGGCAUCCAUGGACACCGUCAAGCGCCUCCGCAGCCGCACUCGGCGAUGCAGCAGCAACAAGGGUACCCGCAGCAGCUGCAGCAGCGCCCGAUGCAGACGCAGCAGAGACAGCCGCCGCAGCAACAGAGAUCGGCGGACCAACAGACGAGCUGGAGAAGAGGCCCUAGCUGGCCGGCCGGCACUUCGCGCGACUGA